CUAGUGACAGUUCCUAUUGUUUUCAAAAUACAAUUCUUCAAACUGCAGCUCGGGCAGUUCAGUUCGAUCUGUUGCUUGAAAUGGCUAAUCCAAAGCCGAAUAUCGCCGUUCAAAAGCAACUUGUCCGCGGAACGCAAAAAACCAAUCGACUGGCCACUGUCAAAACCCAUACGUCACCGUCAUUAUAUCAGCAAAACAAUCCAAUACGAACGGUAACCGCUGCUGCAUCGACGAAAGACAAAUACCGAAAACCUCAGUUGCAAGCUACGAUGGGAUUAGCCCAACAAAUCGAUCAGUGGAAAGCGAAGACCGGACCAAAAUACAAUGACGUUUGUGACUUAACACCCAGAUCUAGGGCUGUUGUGACCGAGCGGAUCACGCAUCAGCUGAAUUUCCCGACAGAGGCAACCGUUUUCAAGAAGUUGAUUCCGGUGAACGUAAACGAUUCCGUGCUGGAAGAGAUUUGUCCAAAGGUGAAGAAGCGUCGACCAUUCACACGCCAUAAAGACCCGGAACCCGUGCUGGGAGAUUAUUUGACGCCAGUCGUUCCGUUGGAAUUGAAAAUUGAACAAUCUGACAGUACGAUUGAGCUGAAACAACCGGACAGUUUUGACUACAGUCGCAUGUACAGUUUGUUCAAAGUGUUGAACGCCGGGUUAUGAUACUGAGCCUCAUCGAAUUGUUUGUUUAGAUUUUAUACUUCAUGACUUGACUUAAUGUACCUCGUCCUAGUGAUAGCAAAUUUUGUUCUUUGUGAUAAUAUGACAUUGAAGAGCGUGUACGCUUCGGGCAUCGAA